AUGCCUGAAAAGGAUGUGUUCAAAUCCAGGUUCCUCAAAUCCCUAUUCUUCAUCACACUUUUCUUCCUGAUCCUCUCAUUAUUCCUCCUCUUUAGAUUCAGCAACACAUCUUGGAUCAAUACACCAUCUUACAACCUAAUUCUUCUCGACAACACUGAAAACACCGACCCAAUUCAACUUAAAUCAAUCCCUUUUCCACCUUCACCAGAUUCAUGUAACCCAAAUCAAGCACUACUAAAAGUUUUUAUGUAUGAUUUACCUCCCGAAUUCCACUUCGGACUACUAGGUUGGAAAGGAAAAUCAAACCAAAUUUGGCCUAAUGUGAGUAAUUUUAGCGAAAUCCCAUCAUACCCAGGUGGAUUAAACUUGCAACAUAGUGUAGAAUAUUGGCUAACACUUGAUCUUUUAUCAUCAACAACAACUCCAAACAUACAUAAUAGACCUUGCACUGCAAUUCUUGUACAAAAUUCAUCCCUAGCUGAUAUAAUUUUCGUCCCAUUUUUUUCAUCUUUGAGUUACAAUCGACAUGCAAGGGUUUACGUAAAGGGGAAAAAAGACAUGAACAUGAUUUUGCAAGAGAAAUUGGUUAAAUUUUUAAAAGGUAGAAACGAAUGGAAACGAUUUGGAGGGAAAGAUCAUCUUAUUAUAGCUCAUCAUCCUAAUAGUAUGCUUUUAGCAAGAAAACACUUGCGUUCUUCAAUGGUGAUGCUUUCUGAUUUUGGAAGAUACCCUGUUCAUUUUGCUAAUAUUGAUAAAGAUUUAAUUGCUCCUUAUAAACAUGUUGUUAAAAGCAUCAAUGCUAGCAAUUCACUUGACUUUGAAGAGCGAACCACUUUGGUUUAUUUUCGUGGAGCAAUUUAUAGAAAAGAUGGUGGAGUGAUUCGUCAAGAACUAUACUACAUAAUGAAAGAUGAAAAAGACGUUUAUUUUUCUUUUGGAAGUGCACAACAAGGUGGGAUACGUACAUCAUCUGUAGGAAUGGCAACUUCUAAAUUUUGUCUGAAUAUUGCUGGGGACACACCUUCAUCAAAUCGUUUAUUUGAUGCAAUUGCUACUCAUUGUGUCCCUGUUAUAAUCAGUGAUGAAAUUGAAUUACCAUAUGAAGAUGUUCUUGACUACUCAAAAUUCUCCAUUUUUGUUCAUUCUUCGGAUGCAUGUAAAAAAGGUUACCUUUUGAACCUUCUUAAGGGUGUCAAGAAACAAAAAUGGAGACAAAUGUGGGAAAGAUUGAAGCAAAUUGCACCACAUUUUGAAUAUCAGUAUCCUUCGAGACAUGGUGAUGCUGUUGAUAUGAUUUGGCAAUCGGUUUCUCGAAAAGUGUCUUUUGUAAAUAAUCAAACUUAUAGAAAAAAUAGAUACCGAAUGUCACAAGAGUUUUUGAAAUCACAUUAAUAGUGUAAUCGUGAUAUAUGUGCUUUAUAAUGUUUGCUUCUAUUGCGAGUA